AGGCAGGCAUCAGCAAGGGAUAACAUGACAGCAACAAGACGCAGUUCAUUCAUUACCAGAGCAGCAGGCAUGCCUCGCAGAGACAGCAGCUCCACUCCUGUCAUUUAGACGAAGAGUUGUUUUACUUUCCUCAUCCUGCCGCUAAACUUUUCUCCGGCUGUAGCACCAUGGAGCUGCUUUGGACGGAUACCGGCGCUUCGGUACGGCAUGCAAAUACGUACUCUGACGUCGGCGAUCAUGUGGCUUUUGGCGUAGAUCCUCCUUGUGAUCGCCAAUUUUUUUUUCUACCCUGUCGCCUGUUGUCUCCUCGGUUAUUGGGCCGCUGCGAGAGUGUUUAAAACCUUUUCGGUGUUUUCUUGUUGGUUUAGCAGUCGCUGUGGGAUUGUACUGCACUACCUGAACGUCGCACCAAAGCGGUGGGCAGGAAUCAUCCUGUCAUGAAGUUCCAGGAGGCGAGCCAGCGCUGGAGCUGACACAGUCAGCAAAUGCAGCCUACACUACAACCAGACCUUCAUCUCCCACUGCUUUCUUUUCUCUCCAGCCACUGAAUCUUAUCAGAGUUGUUUCGACCUUGCAGCUGUCUGCUGCAAUCCCAGAAAUCGUCAGUGCUUUCUAGAACAACCCUAAACGCCUGGACGUGUAUCUGCAGUCGGUAUUCCUGGCUGUUCUUCAGUACAUCACAUCAUCUUUUCUCUGUGUUCCUGCAUCGUGGAACCUUCUGCCACAGCAAGAGACUCCUUUAUCAGAUCCCUGGCCCAAGCACGUAGCGAGGGCUGCUGUCUACCAAGACAAAUCCAGAAUCUGCAACCAUCAUGUCCAGUCGACGUAAGGCCUCCACUCCCUGUAUGAUCCGACCAGAGCAGACCAUGGUGGAGUUGGACGAUGACACAGAGGAAUCACAAAACAUGGAGACAACAGAGAACCAUAUUCAGGGGGAACCCAUGAAUGCAGAUCUGUCUAUACAAGCAGAGCCAUCCAUGGACUUGGAUCUAACAAGCAAGACCUCUGAACCCCCAACAGCCCCUGACAAACUAGCAACUGAGCCCCCAGACCCUUCCAAACCACAGCGUAGACAACAGGGCGGAUAUGAGUGCAAAUACUGCCCCUUCUCCACACAGAAUCUCAACACUUUCAAAGAGCAUGUUGAUGCUAACCACCCAAAUGUCAUCCUCAACCCACUGUACCUGUGCGCUGUCUGUAACUUCAACACAAAAAAGUUUGACACCUUGACUGAACACAAUGAAAGAUGUCACCCUGGCGAGACCAACUUCAAGUUCAAACGCAUCAAAAUGAACAAUCAGACAAUCCUGGAACAGACAAUUGAAGGCUGCAGCAACAAUGCAGUUAUUUAUAACACAUCAGGUGCCGUUACUGGCAAAAACAACGAACUGGGAACUGUGGCUCUGAACAAACCCACUGCAGUCAAAGUGAGUAAACCAAAAAUAAUCUCAACAGAUAACAAACGGACAGAAUCUCAGCUGGGUAAACUUGCCCCUGAUCUCGCCAAACAGCCAAUCACGGCACUCAAUGUAAACGGGACUGUCAUCAUCCCAGAGUCCACUCUCCUCAAAGCAGACGGCCUUUCUCACAUCAUGCCUUCCUUACAGCAGCCUCUAAAUUAUACGCAGGUGCCAAAGAUCGCAGUACCCCUCAACACAACAAAAUACAACCCCUCCCUUGACAAUAACCUGACGCUCAUCUCUUCCUUCAAUAAGUUCCCCUACCCAACACAGGCAGAGCUCUCCUGGCUCACCGCAGCCUCAAAACACCCAGAGGAGCAAAUCAAAGUUUGGUUCACCACACAGAGGCUCAAACAGGGUAUUAGCUGGUCACCUGAAGAGGUGGAGGAAGCAAGGAAGAAGAUGUUCAACGGUACAAUCUCCUCUGUGCCUCAAACUUUGACCGUGGUUGCUCCAAAGAUCAACCCCCACUCCUCUGCCAACCAGCCUAUCCACACCCCAACCUCUAAAUCCCUGCAGUCGGCAGCCUCUGUCCUCCAGUCCCUCCCCUGUCAGCUCCUGGGUCAGACCAGCCUCGUUCUGACUCCUGUAGCCAACGGCUCCACCGUCACGUGUGCACCGCUGGCACUCACUGUAGCUAACCAGGUGUCACAGUCUCUCAAACGACCCCUGGCCUCUCCAGUGAUUGCCAGUGAGAGCAAACGACCGUCCAUCAUUCAGACCAUCUCCGCACCCAUGGCCGCAUCCCAGCCAACGUCACCCAAAGUGCUGAGUUUCACAGUCGACCCCAAUAAAACAGCAGAGCAGCUGUUAGUGCUGAGGUCCAGCUACACACAGUGCCCUUUCCCUGAGGAAGAUGAGAUCUACAGGCUGAUAGAGACUACCGGGCUUUCCAGAGGGGAGAUCAAGAAGUGGUUCAGUGAACAGAGGCUCCUCAAUCUCAAAAGUGCACCUCCACCACCUGUGUUGGUGAAAGCAGAAACGACACCACCACUAAAAGAUGGUCCUAUUAAGAAAGUGGUCCCCAACCAGUUUCCCCUGUUGGAAAGAGUGAAGGGGAAGUCAUCGGAGCAGCUGAAGGCGCUGGAGGAGAGCUUCCAGAGAAGCAGUUCCCCAACAGAGACCGAGCUCGACCAGCUAGCCCAGGAGACCAGGCUGUCCAAGACGGAGGUGGACUGCUGGUUUUCAGAGCGCAGGGCCCUGAGGGACAACAUGGAGAUGGUUUUACUCAGCAUGGCUUCUAAGAACACAGAGGACAGAUUAGAGCGGCCGGGAGGAGGGCUGCUGAAUGGAGCAUCUCAUCGAGAGCAGGACGGGAAGCCUCUGCGCUCAUCUCCUCACCCACCUGUCCUGUCUUCUUCCUCCUCAUCUUCCUCCCCUCCGGUGCUCGCAGCUUCCUCCCCUCACCCGCCAACCCACUCCUCCUCAACGUCUCCCCCCAUCCUAACAUCAUCAAGCUCUUCUUCUCCACAUCCUCCCAUUCUUUCGGCCUCCACGAGUCCAGCGCCCAUCUCUAGCCACUCACUGGCUCUGCUCAAGGAGACGUUCUGCCAGACCCAGUGGCCGUCUCCUGAAGAGUACAGCCAGCUGGAGGUACAGACAAGCCUGGGACGUACAGACAUAGUCCGCUGGUUCAAGGACCACCGCUCAGCACUGAAAAACGGUGAAACUCUGGACUGGAUGGAAGGUGUUCAAAACCAAAACCUCAGAGAGCAGCAGAAAGCAGGCCAGGAGCAGAACGGCCAGAGCUCGGAGAAAGACCAAAGUGUUUCCCUGGAAGUCAAUGCUGUAAAGGUGGAGAAGACUGGUGGGAAUGUAACAGCCGCAGAGAACUGCAAACUGUCCGAGCAAGACAAAGUCCAGUGGCUUAAUAACAGACUAGUGCAGGGUGUGACAGACCUGAGCCGGACCAGGCAAGACCAGACCAGCUAUAGUGCUGCUGACCAAGAGAGGUGGGUAAAGGUUACUGUGGCUGUUGGGGACGACUCAGAAGGAGGAGUGGAAAGACAGAAACUGGCAACGGACAAUGAAAUUCUGACUCUCGAGCAACCAGGGAGAGUCACCAGUUGAUGGUAUGUCAAAAAAAGUGGAGUAGAUCGCUGAAUGCUGAGUCACCAGCACCGUGAGACAAGCAACCAUGGAGCCAGUGAUGUCUGCUCGUGAUGUCAUCACAAAGCGCCAGGGGCAGUUAUUUUCAGUGUUUUUGGCACUGAUGAGUACAGACAUGAAGAGGAGUGCCAAAGCUGGACUCGAUGCAUCAUUCUCAUUACCGUUUUGUUUUUCUAAAACACCCCUGUAAAUAUUUUUCUGUAUCACAAAAAAAGGUUUGUACAGUUAAACUGGGAGAGCAGGUUUUGUUACUUAUUUUUUUGAAUGUGGACCCCCAAACAGGAAUGUGUUGUUUUUCUUGUUCUUUGCUGUUCUAAGAUCAAAUUGUAUUAUAGUUUAUUAGCUGAAAAUCAGCUUCUCUUUUUUUUUUUUGAUCAUACAGACAUAAUGCUUAUUACGAGUACAUUUUGAUGGCUCUUGCAUAUUUUCCCGCGAUAGUGAUAGAUAUAUCUAUACUAGGCUGCUUUCAAACGCCUUCAUAAGAGUUCCAGUGGUGAAGGUGGGAAUGACUCAGAAGUGCUAGAGGGGUGAGUAAAAGGAGUGUGAAAUGUGAACACAGCCUCAGCUUCACUGCUAAGAGGCCAGAGUGAACACGUGGACAGACCACGACGAACAGCACCGUGACAGUGCUUCAACAUGCUGUUCUGGUAUCUUUUAUCAGCUGCUCCAGGAUCAGUGCCUGAGGUGUGUUCGUGAAGCCAAAACAGUAAAGAAUGUUAACCUUUUCUCAUAAAAAUGAAUCAGAGAGCAGAGGGUCUGUUCGAUCACACCAUGCUGCCUUUCCAGCUUAAACCCGGCAUUUCCUUCCAGCCUCAGAUGAAGAGAGCUGAGUGGUGUAUGAUUUCAGUUUAUCAGGGUUUAACAUAUUCUUUUUUGAACUCAUCAAAAACCUUUUGGUGAAAACAUUACAAGCAAUUUUAAAAGAACUCCUUUUAUUUAAGUAAUUUCAGAUGUCCAUUUUGUUUAGCUGUGGUCUGUGAACACACCGUUUCUAUCUCAACUUUGUAGGUGGGGCCAUCAAUUAAAGUUGGCUCUGUUUAUUUCUGUACACACUCAAAAUGGUGGUUCAUGAAUGUCUGUGAUACAGAUGAACCUAAACUGCAGAUUUCAAAAUAUUUGGGACGCCACCGCAAGCAAAGCUGUUGUGAACUGCUUGCAUGUACUUCAGCUGUUUGAAGUUUAAUUCAUUUUCAAAAGUGAUUUAAAGGGAUCUCUGAUUUCUCUGUUAUAUUUCAAACCUUUGCAAUAUUUGUGCAGGCAAAGAAAGAGAAGUGUGAGCCCUGAUUUUUAACAGCAGGUGUAUGGCUGUAUGCUGACUGCAUGUUGGUUUCUGCUGCUUUACUUUCAUGUUCGGACAAGUAUCUGGAAUACUGUAUGUUUGGUUGACCAGUGCGGAUUACUGCUUGCAUUUUCAUUUUCUACUUCAAGUCUGCAGCAAUUCAAUAAAAACACAGUUAACUGUAAAAUCUCUGUUGCAACUGCAGUGUAAAUCAAAUAAAAAAUUACAGCCCCUGACAAAAAUCAUGACGUUGCUACACCUGAAGAUGUUCAUUCAGCUCUUUUUUAGCAGAAAAAUUAAAGUACAGAUGCUGAACAUUUUGGUUUUGUAAAAGAUCUCAAUAGUAAUAUUUUUUCAGAUCAAAUAAAGGAAAACAAAUCA